ACGAGGAAAAGAAAGUGAGAUAGAGAUAUAGAGAGGGAGAGAAAAUAUUGAGAAUAAAGAAAGAAAAUAAAUCAAUAAACUAAUGAAAUAAGAGUGAAUCAUAUUGAGACAGACAGACACACAGACACACCACCUACCUGUGAAGAAGAAGAGGAAGAAGAGAAGAGGAGGAGGAGGAGGAGGAGGAGGAGGAGAUGACAGAAAUAUGAGAACCAGUACUCUCUGAUUCAUCUCUCCUCUCUCUCUCUCUCUCUCUCUCUCUCUCUCUCUCUCUCUCUCUUGGUGGUGAUGGUGGUGGUGUGUGUGCGUGCGUGCGUGUGUUGUUAAUGAGGUGUAUGUGCUGCUGCUGGGCCCCCAAGAAUAAGGAACAGCUCAGUGACAGCGGGGGCCCAGCAGAUGGCAGUGGAGGGGAAGGAGGAGGGGGAGGAGGAGGAGCUGACCACAAUGCUCUACUGGGAGGAGGAGGAGGUGGAGGAGGAGGAAGCAGUUUAAGUAGGAACAGUUCAACUCGUGGCAGUCUUCGAAAAGUGCUGCCUUCCGUACCUGACAUGGACCAGCAGCUCUCAAUGGCAGCCAAGAUGAUAGACCGCCGUACCUCCACACCCAAGGGAAACCACUCCUACAGCCCUUACUUCCUGGAAUACACUCUAUUAGCUGAAUAUAACCUCCUACAGAAGCAGAGAGUGUCGGGAGUGUAUGUGGUCCCUUCAGGAAAGACGCCCCUUGUGUGGUUUGGUGUUAUCUUCAUCCGGCAGGGAAUAUACCAGGAAGGCAUCUUUCGUUUCAACCUCCACAUCCCUGAAAAUUAUCCUGAUGGUGAUGUCCCAACAGUAGUAUUUGAGACCCCCGUGUUUCACCCCCUGGUCAGCCCCGACUCACAGCAGCUUGACAUUCGACGAGGGUUUGCUAACAAGUGGAGGAGGAAUGUGAAUCAUCUGUGGCAUGUCCUUCUCUAUGUCAGGCGGUGCUUCUACAAGAUUGAGACCAGCCACCCUCUGAACCCUGAAGCUGCUGUGUUGUUCGACAGUGACAAUGAGAUGUUUCAAGUAAGAGUGAGGAGCUGUGUGGAGGAGAGCAAGCGGGCCAUGUACGAGCCACCUGCUUCUGCCGCCUCAGACCCCCAUGCCAUUGUCUUCUCCCCAUUCCAGCCUGCCGUUCAUGACACUGUGCUGGAGGAACUGAAGAAGGACAGGAGUGAGUCAACCAGCAGUCUGAAGGAAGGAGGGAACUGCAAUGGCCUGUCUUGGGUGAAGCCUGGCACACUUCAGAUCUUCUCUCAGUCUGCCUCCUGACACGGCCCACACCAGGAGGACCCUCUCUGUUGCUGCUGAAGGGACGGACAGGAACUGGAGUGCUAAUUAGAGCCUCCCAUUGCCUGUUUUCUCCCCCCCCUCACUACCUUGUCUUGCUAUCAUGUUUUUGUUUUUAUUCUUUUUAUUCAUCGUGUACAAGUUUUUAUCAAUUUUUUAGUGUGUGGUGAUUUUUAUUGAUUUUUCUCUUUCUGUUUCCUUUUUGUUGCUUUACUCAUGUUAUUUUUUUAUGGGCUAUUGUCAUCUCAGAUUUCUAUUUAAGUGUGUAGGAUAGUUUAAUUCAUUCACUUUCUGCUAAUUUCUUUUCUGUUCUUGUUGUCUUUGAACCUUGAACUCUACUCAUUAUUUUAUCAUGUUUUCAUCAAAGAUUUCUAUUUUAAUGUCUGGAGGUGAAGUUUUUAUUAAUACCGUGACGUCUUUUUAGCCUCAUUUCAACUUUCAUUCAGCUUUACCUUGCUUGUGUAUUUAUUUAACUAUGCAAAACUUCCAAUAAUUUCCACUUUCUCCCAGUAAUUUCCACCUUCCUAUUUAAGUCUGUGAAUAUAUGAAUUUAAAAACCCUGAUAUCAAUAUUCUCUCCACAAACUCAUACUCUUUCCAGCAUUUUGGUUCUGGUGGUCCUUUUGUUAACCUCUCAUUAAUAUCCUGACGUCUUUUUACUUUCAUUUCAUCUUUCAUUCAGUUUUACCUUGCUUGUGUAUUUAUUUAGCUAUGCAAAACUCUCAGUAAUUCUUUCACCUUAUUUAAGUUUGUGAAUAUAUGAAUUUAAAAACCCUGAUACCAAUAUUCUCUCCACAAACUCAUACUUUUUCCAGCGUUUCUUUACCGGUGGUCCUUCUGUUAACCUCUCACUUUCCCAGCAUUCAAGGUCCUCCUCGGGUCCCUUCCCAUGCCCUGCUAAGCCUCAAGAUUCUAAUGUCUUACGUAUAUCAUCGUGUAUACCUAAUUUACAUCCCUGAGGCUUAAGAACACAGUGUAUCCAGGAUUUAAAACGUUAUGGUGUUAUGCAAAUUGACGGGUGUACACUCAUUUGAUGGUCAGAUUGUCGUGGUUUUCAUGAGCACUUCUUGAUGUGUCUCUUUUGAAAUAUCUGGGUCUGUUUUUUACUUUGUCUUGUUCAUCUUCUUUUCUCCUAUCAUUGGGAGGUAAAGGGAGAUAUUGUGUCCCUCUUUUUUAUCUCAUUUUCUUGACUUUUCUUUCUUCCUAUCACUGAGACCUAAAGAAAACAUUGUCUCAGUCUUAUUUUAGCUUCACUCUCCUUCCCCUUUCUUUCCUCCUAUCAUUGAGAACUAAAGGGAGAUAUUAUGUCUCUUUUUAUUACCUUCAUUCUUUUUACUUUUCUUUCUUCCUAUCUUUGAGAACUAAGGAAAAUAUUGUCUCUUAAAGCCUGAGUCUUGUUUUGCCUUCUUUCUCCUACCCUUGUCUUUCCUCCUAUCAUUGAGAACUAAAGGGAGAUAUUUCUGUCUUUUUAAUACUUGACUCUUGUUUUAUCUUCAUUCUGCUUCCCUUUUCUUUCCAACAAUUGAGAACUAAAGGGAGAUAUUUUUUGUGUCUUUUCUAACAUUUGAGUCUUGUUUUACCUUUCCUUCCUUUUUAUAAAGAUAUCAGUAUGUAUAUCUUUUUACUGCAUUGCUACCUUCUCGUCAUUCUUUCCUCCUAUCCUGAGCUAAUGGAGUAUAGACCCAGGCACAGUGUUGUAUAAAGGACACGUACCUAUGAACCUUGCAGAGUCAUAGAAUAGUGACUCCUCCUCCUUUCCUUACUAAUACCUGGGUUAGUUUGUGUGGCAAGUGAUCCCUGUGUCGCCUGUAGGUAUAGUUUUGUAUGUCUCCUCUGCACACCCAAACCCCAGGACUGUGUAUAAGGUGUAUGAGAACAAUAAUUCGCGUGUAGAACAAUCAGUUAGUGGUUUGAGACAAAUCCCUCGCUGUGGUGCAUAUGUUUGUCUGUCAGGGAUUUGUUCUCAGACGUGGUACUUUUUUACCCUUGACUUGGUGGCUUCCAGAAUGUGUUGUACUUGUCCCUCCCCUUCACACAUACAUACAAACACACUAAACAUAAAUAAGAAGCUUGACUCAACUAUAAAAAUACAGAUAAAUAUACAAACAGGUAACUAGGCAACACACACACAAACCUUGACUCGCUAGUGUAGAAACAAAAGUGAAAUAAGUGAAAUACACACAUACAUACACACACACAUACACAAGAAUCAUAAGUAAGAAGCUUGACUCAACUAUGAAAAUACAGACAACAUACAAAUUAGUAACUAGGCAACACACACACACAGACACAUAAACCUUGACUCACUAGUAUAGAAAUAUAAGUAAACACAUACAUACACACACACAGACACUUCAGCAGCAGUACCAAUAGAAUGCUGAGGUCAGAAUGCUCAUGAGAAGUUACAGCACAAGACCAAACUCCCUCAUCCUGUGUCCCUCCCUUGAAUUAGUGUGUAGUAUUUUGUAAACCUCACCACAACCAACUGAACAAAAGUAACCACAUUGAACAUUUCAGCGUCUUAACUUCUAUCAGGCUGUAGUGGAAGAUGUAAAGGUUCUCAAGAGUGUUUUCUGGGUUCUAGUGAUAGUUUAACCCCCUUCAGUACUGGGACAUAUUUUUACCUUGAGUUUUGUGUAUGAUUAGACCAUUUCAUUGACAUUAAGAAGACUCUAUGAAGGCCAGAAGACUAAUGGCCUCAGUCUUCACUAUUUUAAUCCCUCACAUGAGUUUCUGAAGCUGUUUUAAGUCAAUAAAUAGUCACCAGAAUUAACAUGUCUGGUACUGAAGGGGUUAAGCAUCAUUUCUGCAUUGUGGACAGAAAAACGUUCUUGAGAAUGUGACCUCUCAUCUCUGUGGUGUUUGAAAAUAGUUGUGGUGAGAAAGUUAAGUGUUGCAAAAUAUGGGCCUUGUUAUGUCACUGUAAAGAGUUAAUAGAGAUUUAUUCAUGUAUUUCUAACUAUGCAGUGAGUUUUGGGCCAUACUUGUUACUGAAUAGGUGUUGUUUGUGGGUGAUUAUGAGGUGAGUGCGUGAAAGAUGUGAAAAGUGAGUGAUAGAGGAAAGAAACGUGAUAAUAAAUGUUUUUCUCACUUUUAUUAAUGAUUUUGUCUGCUUCAUUUUGCAGUGUGUGUAUGUCAGAGUGAUUAAUGCUUUCUGAACUGACACACACACACACACACACACACACACACACACACACACACACACACACACACACACACACACACACACACACACAGGAGUAAAACUUGCAUUGUAUACCAGCACUCAUUAUAAAUUCUCACUCCAAGCAUGUGAACCUCCUUACAUGUGUGUGUGUGUGUGUGUGUGUGUGUGUGUGUGUGUGUGUGUGUGUGUGUGUGUGAGAAAGAACAAGAGCUAGUCCUUCUAUGCGUACUAGUUACUAAUUCUAUUGUGUAGUGCAGCCAUCAACUGUCUUCCUGAUUCAAGACACGUGUUUCUGAAGGAUCAAAGUCUACUAAUACAAAGGAACAUGAUAAGACCACAUAAUUUCUCUUAACAUUUUAUUUACUGAUCUUUUUCAUGUUACCAGUUGAAUGUCACUAAAUUGUCAAGCUACAGCAAUGCAAAGUGAAAUGUUAAUAUCCAGGCAUUUCUCUGUGAGUGUUUUAUUUGGGGAUGUUUUAAUGUUGCAAAUGUUGUGCUUUGUUCCAGUGCACAAAUUCAGUAUUGGUAUUUAAGUAUUGGUCAUUUGAAAGCUUCUCAGGAAAAGGCAGUAAUUAAAAUUUUUUUGAAUUGGAAGCUAACAGAAUUGAUGGUUAUUUCAGCUGACAUCUUUCUAAUUUUUGUAUAUUUAAAUCAUACAAAAACUCGUCAUUCAUAAACUAAAACAAAAAACAAAUCAAACACAAAUAAGAAGAAAAUACGAUGCUACUUUCUACAUUUUUACAUCAAUGAUUUUAACCACAAACUGAUCACAUGCACUUACUCAUAACUAAGAGGUUGGCAGUCACUCAGCAUCAGGACACGAGCUGAACAGAGCAGGGAAGAGAGUUGAUGGCUUGAACUGCACUGUAUUCACUAUUGGUGGUGAACUGUUUGUACAAGUGAUGAGAACUGACAAAUCACAGACCCCUCAUUUUAUACCCGAGUGUGAUAGUGAUAUUAAUACUACCUACUACUACUACUACUACAUAUUACUACUACUACUACAUAUUACUACUACUACUACUACUACUACUACUACUCUCGGGAUAAUAUUCUCAAACAUCUUGGCAUCUUAUCCUACUUUUAACAGGUUCUAGUGGAAGCUUAGGGUGUUUUCAUGAUUCCUGUGAUAGUUGAAAAGGUUCCACAUCGUUAUAGGGAGAAAGAAGUGAAUUAAGAAGAGAAAGUAAAGGAAUGGAAAGAAACGCCCCUUGAAAGCCACACCAAUCAUCUCUGUAGCCUUUUAAAAGUACUGAUGUAGGUGUUUGAAAAUUGAAUCCCAUUUUACUUUAGAUAUUAGUUGGCAUUCUGAUGUAUGAUAUGUAAAUAAAUCUAUUAAUAUGA